AUGCCGGCAGCUUCUCGACGAAGCUCAUCGGCUUCCGGCGAUGACGCCACUGAUUCUUACAAUGGCGACCAUGAUGCCGGGCGUCGUGCUGAUCGUGCGUCGGCAGGGGUCUCCUCUGAGCUUUUGACCGGUGCAGAUGAGCCUGACAUGGAGGACGAAGGGAGCGAUGCUGCACGUUGGGCUCGCCUCCGGCGGCUUGAACAGGCGCGGCGGCCGCUCUCGUUGUCACUGGACAACGUGGUUGCGGGCGGUGUGGCUUCAGCUUCUGCCGGGCCUAUGGACACCAGUGCCGCUUCGACUCCUGGGUCGACAUUGACUGCGGGUGCUCCUAGCCUUCUCGAGCUGGCUCGGCGCCUGGAGGUGGCGGUUGAGCGCUUGGAUGGCCUUGAUACUAUGGUUGCCAUUUUGACCCACCGUCUGGAUUCUGCGCUUGAUCGCCUUGGCUUCAUCGAGGACCAUUCUCUUGUCCAGCUGGAGAAAAUUAUCCGCGAUCUUCGACUACGACUCUCUGAGUGUGAAUCCAAUGCAUUGAAUGACCUCAGCAAUCGCAGCGAGCUUCGAGAUGAUCUCACUCGGCAUGUUCAGGCUUGCAAUACCCCUGAGGCUCAUGCAGGACUCCGGCGUCAGCUGGCGCAGAUUUCUCAGGAUGUUCAUUUCUUGAUGGAGACACGCCCUGGGCCUCGUACUCCAUGA